UCGUUCGUUGUUUCCGGCGGAGGACUCUCCUCGAGACUCCAAGCGGAAGCGGCUUCCUCGGUUGCUGCCACGUCGGAAUCCUUGGCGAAUCCUCUCAUUUCUGUCUUUAUAGUUGGAAAAAACUUUGGAUUCGAAGAGCGUGUGGACAGUUUACAGUCAUGGUUUCCGUCAUCAACACCGUGGACACCUCCCACGAGGACAUGAUCCAUGACGCUCAAAUGGACUACUACGGUACUCGCCUGGCAACCUGCUCCUCCGACCGAACCCUCAAGAUCUUCGACGUGAGGAACGGGGGCCAGAUACUGGUGGCGGACCUCAGGGGGCACGAGGGUCCCGUCUGGCAGGUGGCGUGGGCCCACCCCAUGUUUGGCAACAUCCUGGCUUCUUGCUCCUACGACCGCAAAGUCAUCGUCUGGAAGGAGGAGAACGGCGCCUGGGACAAGAUGUACGAAUACACGGGACACGAGUCGUCAGUCAACUCCGUCUGCUGGGGUCCCUAUGAAUUUGGGCUGAUUCUGGCAUGCGGCAGCUCCGACGGCGCCAUUUCUCUCCUGACGCUCACAGGAGACCAGCAGUGGGACGUGAAGAAAAUCAACAAUGCACACACAAUCGGCUGCAACGCAGUUAGCUGGGCUCACGCCGUGGUCCCAGGCAGCCUGAUCGAGCAGCCGUCAGGACAGAAACCAAACUACGUCAAACGUUUUGUGUCCGGUGGCUGUGACAACCUGGUCAAACUCUGGAAAGAAGAAGAGGGCCAGUGGAAGGAGGACCAGAAGCUGGAGGCCCACAGUGAUUGGGUGAGAGACGUGGGCUGGGCUCCUUCUAUUGGCCUGCCCACCAGCACCAUCGCCAGCUGCUCCCAGGACGGCCGCGUGUUUAUUUGGACGUGUGACGACCCUGCCGGCAACACGUGGACGGCCAAGCUGCUGCACAAGUUCAACGACGUGGUCUGGCACGUCAGCUGGUCCAUCACGGGGAACAUCCUGGCCGUGUCCGGGGGAGACAACAAGGUGACCCUGUGGAAGGAGUCCAUGGAUGGCCAGUGGGCGUGCAUCAGUGAUGUCAGCAAAGGCCAGGGCGCUGUCUCCUCCAUCACAGACACGCAGCAGGCUGAGCAGUGACACACACACACACACGCACACACAAAUCUGGCUUUGGCUUUUUGCAUAAAGCGACUAUUUUAAAGUUCCUUUAUCCCUCAUGUGGCUGAACAUUCCACCCCCCGCAGUGUCAUGUUUGGAUCACGUGACCUGUCAUCAUUGCAGAACCAUAAAUGUUUCCUACUUGUAAUUAAAACAUCUGAAUAAUA